AUGCCUAUUCGAUCACGAUAUUCGACUCCAGUACCCCUCGUCUCGGUUCCUACCCAUCUCUUCGGAUCACCAGAUGGAGAUCUGCCCGACAGACAUGCCUUUGUUGACUGCGAAGCUCCCGAAACGCUUAGACUGACACUGCACGACUACAGAGAAUGGUCCAAGAGGCUCGCUGCCGGACUGCUCCAGGCAGGACUACAAGAUGGAGACCGGGUCUUGUUGCAUUCAGGAAACAGCAUCUUCACCCCUGUUGUGCUGAUGGGCGUCAUUAUGGCUGGGGGGAUCAUAAGCAUGGCCAACCCAAUGUAUGUGCCGAGAGAACUCGCACAUCAACUGCGUGAUUCGGGGGCACAAUUCCUGCUCACAGCCACAAAUCUCGCCGAUUGUGCGAAACGGGCAGCGUCGCUUUCGGGUCUUGCUCAGGAACAGAUAUAUCUCUUCGACGAGACACCGUUGAUCGACCCGAGUGCGGGAGCAGACACGUCGCAGCGGCACUGGAGUCAGUUGAUCGCGGACCCGGUCACAGGAGCUCAAUUUCGAUGGGAAGAGUUUUCAACGGCAGAGCAGGCCAAUCGCACUGCAUGCCUCUUCUAUUCUUCAGGCACCACCGGAGUUCCCAAAGGCGUCGAAGCCACGCACCGCAACCUCGUCGCCAACAACUGCCAACACGUGUACAUGAACAACCUGGACCCCCGGUUUCGACAAAUGGACCAAGCGGGCGAGUCCAGAACCAUAUGUCCACUACCCAUGUUUCACGGCCUGGGAUUGAUUGUCAAUUCACUGAUAGCACCUCUCCGACGCAUGCCCGUCUACGUGAUGAGAAGAUACGACGGGAAGAAGAUGAUCCAGUAUAUCGAGCGAUUCAAGGUGACCGAGAUGAUCCUUGUCCCGCCCAUUGUCCGAUGGAUGGCCAAGGACCCACUGGUGCGCAGUGGCAGGUUCGACAUUUCGAGCGUUCGGCGGGUCAUGUGUGGAGCCGCACCUCUGUCUGCCAGUGUAAGCAAAGAGUUCGAAUCGCUGUGGAAGAACAAGGGCACGCAUGUGAGCGUGAAGCAAGCUUGGGGCAUGUCUGAGUUCCCCGUCAUAGGUCUCUGCUGGGAUGACCGAGAAGCUUCGGCAGGCGCAUCUGUAGGAGAGGUCGUCGCGAACUGCGAAGCCAUGCUUGUAGAUACGGAGACCGAAGUCGAAAUCACCGAGCGAGGCGAGCGAGGCGAGCUUUGGGUCCGUGGCCUCAACGUGAUGAAAGGGUACUGGCGAAACCCCCAAGCCACACAAGCAACAAUUUCCCCCGACGGGUGGGUCAAGACAGGGGACAUUGCAUAUGUUGACGAUCAGAACAAAUUCUUCAUUGUGGAUCGGAAAAAGGAGUUGAUCAAGGUAAAAGGAAACCAGGUGGCACCGGCCGAGCUGGAAGCCGUUUUGAUGACGCAUAGCGGCAUCGCCGACGCGGCCGUUAUUGGUGCAAAGAUCGGCGAAGAUGAGCAGCCUCGAGCGUAUAUCGUGCAAAGCCCCGGUUCCAAGUUGACCGAAAAUGACGUGGUUGACUUCAUGGCGAAGAAUGUCGCAAAGAUCAAGAGGAUCACGGCAGGGGUGGUCUUUGUCGACCAGAUCCCUCGAAACCCAUCAGGGAAAAUACUUCGUCGAGAACUAGCAAUACGGUGCGCGAAGGAGCUUGGACAAGCCAAGGCGAAGAUAUGA